GGGCUUAGGAUUUAGGGUUAAGGGUUAUGCCUGUUUUGACGGAGGCCGCAGCUCCCGCUAAUUACAUACGUUUUUGGUCUGCCUCACCUCUGUCGACAGAUGAGAACAAUCCUAGGAACGAUUAUCCGGAGGAGGAAGAGGAGGAGGAGGACGACGAUGAUGACGACAGCUUUGGUAAGGAAUUGGAGGGGUCAGGUGGUGAAACAAGCGAUGGAGAUGAUGACGAUGACGAGUAUCAUAAGGAUGACGAUUACUAUAAACAUGAUGGCGACUACGAUGAUGCUGAUGUUGAUGCUGAUGCUGAUGAUGAUGAUGAUGAUGAUGAAAUCUCUAAGGAUGGUGGGGAUUCAGAUGACAAUGUUGACUGUAGAUGGGUAAGGCGUCGAUAGUUGAGAAUGUCAAUGGGUAAGCAAGCCUCAAUAGCUGUGAAUUUAGGUGGGUAAGGUGUCGAUAGUUGGGAAUGCAAGGACCUGCUAACGAAGUUAAUCAUGCCGGCAUGGGAACGGAUGCAAUUGAUGAUGAUGGUGGCGAAGUCUCCAUGGAUGGCGAUUAUUCGGAUUACGAUGCUGAUUUUUUAUGGGUAAGGCCUUGAUAGAUGAAAAAUUCAAUGGGUAAGGCGUCGAAUAGCAGGGAAUUUAACUGGGUAAGAUGUUGAUAGUGGGGACUGCAAGGACUUGCUAACUUAGGAAUUAAUCAUGUCGGUGUGGGAACGGUUGCGAUUAAGGUGGCCACAUAUUGAUUCUCAAUGAGUAGAGGUGUAUAUACAUUUCUAGAAGUUUUUUGCUCAUUUAGCAAAUGAAUUGAUCAUUACAUU